CUCAUCGCCAUGUCAUCCACCCUUCUCACAAUGCCCCAGCAAGAGCAAUUACCAUCAAAAGACUAUGGAAUAAGAGAAAUAUGGGCAGACAACCUCGAAUCAGAGUUUGCAGCUCUGAGACAAGCUGUCGAACGAUAUCCUUACAUUUCCAUGGAUACUGAAUUUCCCGGUAUUGUCGCGCGUCCAAUAGGCAACUUCAAGACCGGCUCAGAUUAUCACUUCCAAACUAUGCGCUGCAAUGUCGAUAUGCUCAAGAUCAUCCAACUGGGCAUCACAUUAUGUGAUGAAAACGGAGAUUCGCCAGAGGUUUCAACAUGGCAGUUUAAUUUCGCGUUUAGCUUGGGAGAGGACAUGUUUGCUCCAGACUCCAUCGAUUUAUUAAAAAGCUCAGGAAUCGAUUUCAAGCGCAACGAGGAAGAAGGAAUCGACGUCGAAUACUUUGGCGAGCUUCUCAUCACAUCUGGGCUUGUUCUCUUUGACAAUAUAAAAUGGGUGUCUUUCCACUCAGGGUACGAUUUUGGAUAUCUUCUCAAGAUCCUUACAUGUGAACCUCUUCCAGCAGAUGAAACAGACUUUUUCCGCCUUCUCUUUAUUUGGUUCCCUUGUAUCUACGACAUCAAGCAUAUUGUGCGGUCCAUUAAAACUCUUCGAGGGGGAUUACAAGAAAUUGCAGAGUCACUGGGCGUCAAGAGAAUAGGACCUCAGCACCAAGCAGGAUCAGAUUCUCUCUUGACCGCCGCAGUUUUUUUCAGGAUCCAAACGAUCUACUUUGACGGACACCUGAAUGAUGAUUACUACAAAAAUUACUUGUACGGGUUUUCUUCAGGCCGUUUAGGCAAAGCAUCUCCGGCAGCUGCUGGCGAAAAUCUCGUUGACAAACCCUAUUAAACCUAUUAUACUACCUUUGGUUCUUGAUCCACUUUGACGACCUCAUUAUACAGUAAUACCAACUGAUUUACCUUAACAUGUACAUUUUUCGUACUCGUUCGGCCGAGCGACGAUGCAAGUAUAAUGUGCUUGUGCUUCCAUCUAGUGUUUGCAGUUCUAGAACACCGAAAGCUGAGAUAUUCAUAAUUCACAUGUACUGAUACAGCUGAUAGAUCCAACAAUUGAU